AUUUGGUUGUUAAUUUUAUGAACAAAUUUAUAGUUAUAUGUUAGAAUCUCAUCAGACUGUGUGCUUAUUUAUUUUACUUUGUUUAAAUUAUUGUACAUAGGUUGAAUUCAACAAUGUUUGUCACAGUUAAAUGUGAAAUGGAUUGAGCAGCGGGGAAAGGGAAACACGUUUAAUACAGGAUAAGAGAAACCCGUUUUCGCCAUUUACUUGGGUAGGAGUAAGGAGUAGGACACCUCCCAAAGAGAUAGAUGUGAUUGUGAGUGAAUACUGAAGCAGGCAAUCAGAAAGUUGAGAACCUCUUGUCUUCUUCUGUUGCCUGAAGCAUCUCUGUUUCACUGAAUUCCCCAGCGAAACGUAUAGAAAUCUGUUCAGUUCAGUGUGUUUCGAGGCCCCUUUUGUUGUUGGUCUCUGUAGAGCAGAUAAUUAUGGGAAACUGCUUUGGUUCAUCGGCAAGAAUUGAUGCAACUCUCACCAACCCAUCUGAAGCUUCGAAAUUUCCUAGCAAAACCAGAAAUUCCACUGCUCCUUCCAACAUAAGCAUUCCUUCGUACAGUGUCAAAAGCAAUGCUGAAAGUCUUCCAACUCCAAGAUCGGAAGCUGAAAUUCUAUCGUCUCCGAAUGUUAAGGCCUUCUCAUUUAAUGAGUUAAAGAGCGCGACCAGAAACUUUCGACCUGACAGUCUUCUCGGUGAAGGAGGAUUUGGCUAUGUUUUUAAAGGAUGGAUUGAUGAGCACACUCUUACUGCUGCAAAGCCUGGAUCUGGAUUGGUCAUUGCGGUCAAGAAGUUGAAGCCUGAGGGUUUCCAGGGCCACAAGGAGUGGUUGACAGAAGUUAAUUAUCUGGGGCAACUUCGUCAUCCAAACUUAGUUAAACUUAUUGGGUACUGUUUUGAGGGUGAUAAUCGGCUUUUGGUAUAUGAAUUCAUGCCAAAAGGAAGCCUGGAGAAUCAUUUAUUCAGAAGAGGGCCUCAACCCCUCACUUGGGCUACGAGGAUCAAGGUUGCAAUAGGUGCUGCCAGAGGCCUUUCUUUCUUGCAUGAGGCGGAGGAACAAGUGAUAUACAGAGAUUUUAAGGCAUCUAACAUUCUUCUCGAUGGGGAAUUCAAUGCCAAGUUGUCCGACUUUGGUUUGGCCAAAGCUGGCCCAACUGGCGAUCGGACUCAUGUUUCAACUCAAGUUUUGGGUACACAAGGAUAUGCUGCGCCAGAAUAUGUCGCCACAGGUCGAUUAACAACCAAAAGCGAUGUGUACAGUUUUGGGGUUGUUAUGCUUGAACUGCUAUCUGGACGACGGGCUGUUGAUGAAACAAAAGUAGGGGUCGAGCAAAAGCUAGUUGAGUGGGCAAGACCAUAUAUGGGCGACAAGAGAAAGUUGUUCCGGAUUAUGGACACCAAACUGGAGGGGCAAUACCCUCAGAAAGCAGCAUAUACUGCCGCUACUGUUGCUGUGAUGUGCCUAAGCCACGAGGCAAAACUCAGGCCUCGCAUGGCGGAGGUUUUAGCCACACUCGAACAGCUCCAAGCUCCAAACACUACCACCCAAUUGAAGCCAGAAAAUCGUGCUGCUCUCGGUCAUGUAUAUAUGUCUCCAAUAAAACAACAUUCACCUCUGAGUAUGACGCCGCUGGCUUCCCCAUUGCAAGCACAGCGAAGAUCUUCAAGUGUAAGAUGAGGCAGUCAGGCAAAUUAUCAACAGCCCCUGCUGGGGUUAGCAUCUCUAGUAUUUCCUGUUUCAGGCCUGUCAAAUGGACAGAGAAUUCCCCGACCCAGGCUCAUCAGGGAAUACCCAUAUCCUGGACCUGUUUCUUGUAGCUGUAAAUUUCUCUUGUAGGGCAUAAUGUUGAUUUUUGUUUCAUUUCUGGAUUAUGGCUUCUGACUGGAGACGGUUAAAUCACAUAUAUUCACUUUAAGAUAUAAUCAUCUUAUAUAUUCUGGA